AUGUCUCAAUACGGCCCCAGCUCGGACUUCAAGGAGGCUUUGGACAGUAGUCCCCAGGCCAAUGCAGAAGAUGAAAAGACGGAGGAGGACAUGCCCAUGCCCAAGAACUACCUGUGGCUCACCAUCGUCUCGUGUUUUUGCCCCGCGUACCCCAUUAACAUCGUGGCUUUGGUCUUCUCCAUCAUGUCUCUGAACAGCUACAACGAAGGAGACUUGGAAGGAGCCAGACGGCUGGGGAGGAAUGCCAAGUGGGUAGCCAUCGCAUCCAUCGUCAUCGGCCUUCUGAUCAUCGGCGUCUCUUGUGCUGUGCACUUCUCGAGGAAGUAA